AUGCACUCUGGCCCAGGCUGGGGGAGGGGCGGCCCCGGGGCUCACCUGCAGCCCAGCUUCCGGGCUCGGGGCCACGUCUGCACGCGUAGCCCGGCUGGCGCUGGCCGUGGCCACCGGGGGCCCGCGUCGGGAGCAGCUCCCCCAGCCCCCCGUCCUUCCCUGCAGAGGGGCAGCCAGAAGGUGUCGGCGGCUGCCGUGGGCUUCCUGGUGCUGGCCUGGCUCUUCGCCCUGGCGGUGCUGUGCGCGGCGCUCCUGGCCGCCCUCUCCUGGCUCCAGUUUCUCUUCUGCUUCUCGUACAUCAAGCUGGCCGUCACGCUGGUCAAGUACUUCCCCCAGGCGUUCCUGAACUUCCGCCGGAAGAGCACGGAGGGCUGGAGCAUCGGCAACGUGCUGCUGGACUUCGUGGGCGGCUUCUUCAGCCUCCUGCAGAUGUUCUUCACGUCCUACAACAACGACGAAUGGAACUUGAUCUUUGGAGACCCGACUAAGUUUGGCCUUGGCAUGUUCUCCAUCAUCUUCGAUGUAGUGUUCAUCGUCCAGCACUACUGCUUGUAUAGACAGAAGCCAGGGUACGAGCAGCUCACCUAGCUCUCUGGGACAGCCCCACCAAUCCUGUAGGCCGAGGAGCCACGUGCCAGGCCCGUGUUGGCUCUGGUGCCCGCACCGUGGGACCCUCGUCCUCCGAGCCCACAGCCUGGAGGGAUGGCGAUGCUGCCUCUGCCCGCCGGAAUCGUGCCGUCCUCGCUCCCGCCGCCAUCCUAGCCCACUCGUCUGCUGAGACUAAAUGGCGCCCCCGGCUCGAGAGAGCGGGAGCCCGUCCUGCCCCCCGGCCCGAGGCCGCCCGUCCUCAGAAACGUCUCUCUUGUGUUUGUUUUCAAGGCUCUCGCCGCCCUUCACGGGUUCUGAGGCUCACCCUUAGUAGCUUCGUGCCAGAGGAGGGAGCUGGCGCCCGCUGUCUCUCCAAGCAUCCCACCUGGCAGCUUCUGCCAGGAGGGCACCCGGCCCGCCGGCCCCUGUUCCGCCACUCUUUCUAAGACCCCCGGACCCAGGCACCUGCAGACCCUGGCAGCGGUGGUGCCUGCCACGUCGGGGGGCCCGAGCGGUUUGGGGGAACCUCGGGGUGCAGCCUCGAGCCUGGUGGCGGGUGCAGGAGAGCCUCGGGCCCCCCCCCGCAAUGAUGGUGGCGGUGGCUGGCCGCAGGGCCUUUUUCUACAUUUCCCACGUGUUGUAGGGAAGGCUCGGUGUCGGAGGCCUCGCUCUCGAUUAAAGUAACCGUUACUUUUCCACG